UGACAACUUGUUGAUUUGUUUUCUGCUAAGUGAGUACGCCCUUCUAUUUAAAUACCAAAAUACAUUUAUUUUCGUACCGACCGAACGUAAACUUAUGAAAUUUUAAAACUGUAGAAAUUACCAGAACUGCUUGCAACAAAAAUGGAUUUCUAUUCAUUUAUGGCGAAGCAUGAAAAAGAAAUUGAUAUUGAUGAUGUAAAUGAUGAAAUAAAUGCUUUAUUACAAAGGAAGAACAAUUCACAAUUUAUAUCGGAAAAUUUGAAAUGCGAUGAAGAGAAUUUGACUGAAAACCUAAUUACACUGGAUGAGGAACUUCUCAUAUUCGGGAUUAAUUCUAUGUCAUUACAAUGCUCAAAAAAUCCAGCAGUCUCGUUGUGUAAUGUGAUGUGGGAAUUGAUAACACUUUAUCGUAAUCUCGAGUCUAAGAAAAAAAAAAUUGAAAAUGACAAUCAAGAAAUAUUGAAACAAAAUGAAGUAUUACAGAAAUUGAACAACAAAUUUAAAAGGGAACUGCAAAUUAGCAAUACUGAAAUAUCAGCAUUACAAAUGAAUUGUAACAAAUUAAAAAGUAAACUAGAAAGUGAUAACAAGGAAAAAACAAAACUAAAACGGGACUGUGAUAAAUUACGCAUAUCUUGUAAUUCAAUAGAGGAAAAGUCUAAAAAAGAUUCCCAGCACAUGAAAGCACAAAUGGACAUACUAAAACAUAAAUUCAGGGGACAGUGCGGAAUCUAUGUAUCAAGUGAUAAUCAAGUUAUAAGAGAACUGAGAGAGAAUGAAAAGAAGGUAAUGAAGGAAAAUAGUAUUUUGGCCGAAAAUAAUGAACUAUUAAUGAAUGAGAUUUUAAGAAUGAAGGAAGAGUUGAUCUCUCUAAAGCAGGAGAAUAUUGACUUGAAAUGUAAAGCUGGCACUUAGCUAAAUUUAGUUAAAAAUAAUCAACUAUUAUUGAAUAAGAUUUUAUAUGUGAAGGAAAAGUUUAUCUCGGUAAAGCAGAAGGAUAUUGACUUAACAAGUGU